GGGGGCUCAGGGCUCCGCAGAGGCAGGAACCCUGAACAGGAGGUGGGCCCAGGGGAGGCACAGACCCUGGCCCCAGGUUCGAAUCCCAGCCCUUCCACACUGACCGCCCCUCUCUGAACCGCCAGCAGGUGAAAUCUGCCCUCCCACAGGGGGCAGGAGAAUCGGAAAGGGUAUUGGAGACAGAGCCCUCAGUUCUGGAGUUCUGACGUGUGAACGGGUGUGACAUCAGAUGACUGUUGUUGUCCCUGUUCUAGGGUUGUUACGACAGAGCCGGUCCCAGUUCCUGGCUCCCCGGAGGCCGGUCCUGUCCCCCCCACCCCAGCCCGGGUCCCUCCGCCAGCCCCGCCCAGGUGUGUGCCAGGUACUGAAGGCCAGGUCAGGCCCUCACUUCUUUGCUGGCUCCCAGGGCACCUCCAGGUGGCAGGAGCCCCCCCCCAUUCUCCACACCAUGAGCACCACCACAGGCCCAGAAGCUGCCCCCAAACCAAGUGCCAAGUCUAUCUAUGAGCAGAGGAAGCGUUAUUCCACUGUGGUUCUGGCAGAUGUUUCCCAGUACCCAGUCAAUCACCUGGUGACGUUCUGCCUGGGCGAGGAGGAUGGUGUGCACACCGUGGAGGAUGCCUCGCGGAGGCUGGCGGUCAUGGACAACCAGGGCCGCGUCUGGGCCCAAGAGAUGCUGCUCCGCGUGUCUCCGGACCGUGUCACGCUACUUGACCCCACGUCCAAGGAGGAGCUGGAGUCGUACCCGCUGGGUGCCAUCGUGCGCUGCGACGUGGUGACGCUGCCUGGCCGGAGUCGCUCGCUGCUGCUGCUGGUGUGCCAGGAGCCGGAGCGCACGCAGCCCGACGUGCACUUCUUCCAGGGCUUGCGUCUCGGGGCGGAGCUGAUCCGAGAGGACAUCCAGGGGGCUCUACACGACUACCGGUCCGGUCGCGGGGAGCGCAGGCCCGCGGCGCUCAGGGCUACGCAAGAGGAGCUGCAGCGCCGCCCGCCGCCGGCCGCCGAGACCCCUCCCCCGCAGCGCCGCCCGUCAAUCCGCGCGGUCAUCAACAUGGUGGAGGCGGGCCGGGGGCGACCCCAGGCGGAGCCCAUCCCGGAGGCGGAAGAGUCGCUGAGGCCGCGGCCUGGCCUGGCGGGGACCUCAGGCAGCACUGCCCCGGCCUCCCCUGACCUGGGGCCCCGCGGCCCGGACCUGGCCAGUCUGCAGGCGGAGCGGGAAGUGGACAUCCUGAACCACGUGUUCGACGACGUGGAGAGUUUCGUAUCGAAGCUGCAGAAGUCUGCGGAGGCGGCCCGGGUACUGGAGCACAGGGAGCGCGGCCGCAGGACCCGGCGCCGGGCGCCUGGGGAGGGUCUCCUGACGCUGCGGGCCAAGCCGCCCUCCGAGGCCGAGUACACGGACGUGCUUCAGAAAAUCAAGUACGCUUUCAGCCUGCUGGCCCGGCUGCGUGGCAACAUCGCCAACCCCUCGUCCCCCGAGCUGCUGCACUUCCUGUUCGGACCCCUGCAGUUGAUUGUGGACACAUCGGGAGGCCCCCAGUUCGCAAGUGGAGUGCGGCGGCCGCACCUGACGUCCGAGGCGGUGGCGCUGCUGCGGGACAACCUCACCCCACGGGAAAAUGCGCUCUGGACCUCUCUGGGGGACGCGUGGACCCGCCCGGGGCUGGAGCUGCCCCCAGAGGAAGGAUCCCCAUACAGCCCUGAGUUCUCCAGCGGCUGGGAGCCCUCGGCCACUGACCCGCAGGGCCGCGCCUGGGGGGACCCAGUUGAGAAACAGCAGCAGCAUGAGCGGCGGCGCCGGCAGCAAAGUGCCCCCCAGGUCGCUGUCAAUGGUCACCAAGACCCUGAGCCAGAGGCUGAGCCCCAGCUGGAGCCUGAGGGAAAGUGGGUCCUAUGUAACUAUGACUUCCAGGCCCGCAACAGCAGUGAGCUCUCUGUCCAGCAGCGGGAUGUGUUGGAGGUCCUGGAUGACCAGCGUAAGUGGUGGAAGGUUCGGGACCAGCGAGGGCAGGAGGGAUAUGUACCGUAUAAUAUCCUGACACCCCACCCAGGGCCUCGGGCAAGCCGCAGCCUGGAGAAUAGCACUCCUCCUCCCCCACGGGCCCCAGCUCCUGCCUCCUCUCGCCCCACCUGGGACAGCUGUGAUAGCCUCAACUUGGACCCCCUAGAGAAGGAGAAAUUCUCCCAGAUGCUGUGUGUCAACGAAGAGCUGCAGGCGCGCUUGGCCCAGGGCCGCUCAGGCCCCAGCCGCGCAGCCCCGGGUCCCCGCGUCGCGGAGCCGCAGCUCAGCUCGCACUCGGACGCCUCGGAGGUCCGCGCCUGGCUGCAGGCCAAGGGAUUUAGCGCUGGGACCGUGGACGCGCUGGGCGUGCUGACCGGCGCGCAGCUUUUCUCACUGCAGAAGGAGGAGCUGCGAGCCGUGAGCCCCGAGGAAGGGGCGCGCGUGUACAGCCAGGUCACCGUGCAGCGUGCGCUGCUGGAGGACAAAGAGAAAGUGUCAGAGUUGGAGGCGGUGAUGGAGAAGCAAAAGAAGAAGGUGGAAGGCGACACGGAAACUGAGAUUAUCUGACCCUUCCCGGCUCCUCUGCUCAGUGUUUCGAGGAAGCCCCGUGGCAGAACGGACUCUGCAGACUGCUGCCACCCAUGGAAGCAGACCCCUCCCGAAGGCCCCAGACCUGUUCCGGUGGAGCCUCCUGAGUGAGCGGACUGGCCGUGAGUGGGAGGGAAGGGCCAUACUCGGGGUCCCCGCGCAUUGGGAUAUGCUGCCCAGUCUAUAAACAGCCUCCUUGUAGCAGA